AACACAUCUCACACACCCCCAAUCCUUUCGUUUGCUUCAUCCACAUCUCCCACCAUGUCUGUUGAAACUGUCCAGACCAAGCCAUUCGAGGGGCAGAAGCCCGGCACCUCUGGUCUUCGUAAGAAGGUCAAGGUGUUCCAGCAGCCCCGCUACACCGAGAACUUCGUGCAGGCCAUCUUCAGCGCCAUGCCCGGCGGUAGCGACGGCAAGACAAUUGUCGUCGGCGGCGACGGGCGCUACUGGAGCCCCGAGGUUUCGCAGGCUAUUCUCCGCCUCGCUGCCGGUAACGGCAUCAAGCACGUUAUUAUGGGCCAGGACACGAUUCUGUCCACGCCCGCCGUCUCGGCGCUCAUCCGUGAACUCAAGACGGACGGUGGCAUCCUCCUCACCGCGUCGCACAACCCCGGUGGUCCCGAGAACGACUUUGGUAUCAAGUUCAACACGGCCAACGGUGGUCCCGCGCCCGAGGAGGUCACGAACAACAUCUACAAGAUUACCACAACGAUCAAGGAGUACAAGAAGGUCGACCUGCCUGACCUUGACCUCUCCAAGAUCGGCGAGUUCACUCACGGUCCCCUCAAGGUCACCAUCGUGGACAGCGUUACGAACUACAUCAAGCUCCUUAAGGAGAUUUUCGACUUUGACCUGAUCAAGAAGUACCUGCACGAGACCUCGCCCAAGCCUUCGGUCCUCUUUGAUGCUCUCAACGGUGUCACUGGACCUUAUGGACGCGCUAUCUUCGUUGAGGAGCUGGGCCUCCCCGAGAGCUCGAUUCAGAAUUGCGACCCCAAGCCUGACUUUGGCGGCCUUCACCCUGACCCCAACCUCACCUACGCUCACACCCUUGUCGAGAAGGUCGAUGCCGGAAACAUUGUCUUUGGCGCGGCUUCUGACGGUGACGGAGACCGCAACAUGAUCUACGGCGCCAAGGCGUUCGUCACGCCCUCCGACUCGGUGGCCAUCAUCGCUGACUGGGCUGAGAAGGCCAUUCCUUACUUCAAGAACGGCCUUAAGGGCCUUGCGCGCUCCAUGCCGACGUCGGGCGCCAUCGACAUUGUCGCGAAGGAGAAGGGCGUCGAGGUGUUUGAGGUGCCUACUGGCUGGAAGUUCUUCGGCAACCUCAUGGACGCUGGCCGACUCUCGAUUUGCGGUGAGGAGUCGUUCGGCACUGGCUCGGACCACAUUCGCGAGAAGGACGGCGUCUGGGCUAUUGUCGCUUGGCUCUCUAUCCUUGCCAAGGCCAACGAGGAGAAGCCUGGACAGACGAUCAACGACGUUCUCCUUGCGCAUUACAAGAAGUACGGCCGCUCAUUCUUCUCGCGGUACGAUUACGAGGAGGUCGAGUCGGAGGGCGCUGAGGCGAUGAUGGAGCACCUGCGCAAGCUCUUUGCGUCAAGCGACUUUGCGGGCAAGAAGCUGAAGGCGACCACGUCGGACACGACGUUUACUGUCGAGUCGGCCGACGACUUUAGCUACACAGACCCCAUUGACGGAUCGGUGAGCAAGAAGCAGGGCCUGUACAUCAAGUUCACCGACGGCUCGCGUGUCAUCUUCCGUCUGUCAGGCACUGGUUCCUCGGGCGCAACGGUGCGCCUGUACGUUGAAAAGUACAGCCGCAACGAGUCGGAGUAUGCCGACGACGCACAGGUCGGCCUCAAGCCGCUCAUUGAGGUUGCGCUCGCGACGUCGAAGCUGCAAGAGUUCACGAAGCGUGACAAGCCGACCGUUAUCACUUAAUUUGAGUUCCGAGGCACGGCGGGAGUGACGAAGAAUGCAUCGAUGACGAACACGCGUCUAUAUCCGUGAGCGUGGCAGCCGUGGUGUAAGGAAUUUUUAACCGACAAGGUUGGCUCAAGCCGGUGUCCUAUUAUGAGCGUGUUGUGUCGCGUGGCUGGGCAAGCCGAGGGCGUGAGGGCGACGAUCCCAAGUCUUGUGAUCUUUGUGUUGCCAUGGGCAGCAGGAACGAGGGCUCGGCUCAGGAAUGCGUUAAUGCGACCCAGGACGAGCUUGGGCGAGUCAUGCUCUGCUCUAUGCUCUUGUCAUGUGCCGGCGUGCAUCGGGGUCUGGAAACGCGUGCGUAGCUGUGCCUGGGAUGCCUGGGAUGCCUGGGAUGCCUGGGAUGCCUGGGAUGCCUGGCUCGGUUCGUAUGCUGGAAGUCGCAAGUCGUUCCAACGCUUUCGUCCAUGGACCAUGGAACCCCCCCC